AUGAUGCUCAAGACUCUCUCUUUAGUUACACCGCUUUGCCUUACCGCGCUGGCAUUCCCCACCUUGGAGCCAAGACAGAACUCAACCGAUGUGGACUGUGCUCCUAACUCUCGCUCCGGCCUAAAGGCAGAAUGCUGGGAGGCUCUCAACAUUGAGCAGUACAUCAAUGACUGGAUCAAAGCGAACGGCACCGAGGCGAAGUGCGACGAAGUUGGCUUUGCUCAGUGCUUCCUUCAGGCCAAUGGCUUCUCCGGUCUUACCUGUGACCUCAUCACCAGUAACACGUGCCCUCCGUUUGACACAGACGCCAAUGCCAAAUAUGAGUCCAACCAGCAGUUCUACACACUGUGGAACAUUUACGCCGUCUAUCAGUUUUUCCAACAAUACAGCCUCGCUCUCGGCCAAGGCUCCUCUCUCGCUGCCGGCACGGUAGGCCAGAUUGUUUCCGCAGUUGCACCUCCUGUCGAAGCUGUCGCGUCGGUGAACAACCUGAAGAAGAUCUUUAGUGGAACACUUGGUGUGCUCGGCCUUAUUGGAGGUGUCAUUCCCAAUGGCGGUAGCACAGCAGCAGGUCUCAUCAUCGGAGGCCUAACGCAAGUCUUGAACAACGUCGAUGUAUCUGAGAAGCUGUUGACGCAGACAGCAAACGACCGGUUCCUCCAGCUUGGAGAUGUUGAGGCCAAUCUGUCGGAGCUCGUGAAGGAGUUCCAGGAUGCGCUGUUGAAUACCGUGUCAACGAUUCAGGGGAACCACACCUACUUUAUUCAGACGUGCAGCAAUGGUGGCUUUAGCCAGCGCGUGACGACCUCCCUUACUGUACAGGCAAGCGAUCUCUAUCGCCAGCUUCAGCAAUACAUCCUUAGCGAAGCGCUCAAGGCCAACGGAAUCGUGAGCACUCUUUCUGAGGGGCUCGAUCCUCGAACAGUUGCCGCCGACACUGGCGAGAUUUCCUGCGAUGCUUUCACUUCUGGUGGAAACUGCAACCAGUGGUAUUACGAUGAGGCCGAGGGCAAUACUUAUGCCUUCCACAACCCGAACAGCCCCGAGACCAACUUCGCCGACCUCACCAAUCUGAUUACCGAGAAAGGAUGGGCUACCCAAGCCGACAUCCACAAAACGCAAGACUGCCAAGGAAAGAGCACCGAAUUCGAUCCUGCAACCGUGCAAGCGACCUGCCUGUCGACGCAUGGGUUCUGCACCUACAAUUACACCGACGUUCCGCCCAUCCCGCAAUUUAAGGACUGCGAUGCGGAUCCCAGCUGGCUAGAAGCUUGCGGAAGUUUCGUCAGCACUGUCAAGUUGCCCGAGUCAUACCUUGGCCCGCUGCUGGCUAAGGGGAACUGCCGCUUCUAA